AUGGCUUCUUCCUCCAACCAAGAAAAAAGUGACAAUUGCCAAACAGAACCACCACUCACAACCCAUUCCCCAGACAAACACGCCGACCCAGCAUCACCAGCCACCACAUACUCCACCCAUCCACCACCGUACCCGCCGCCACACCCAAUGUGUUACCCGCCAACCGGUUACCCCACCGGCCAAAACCCCAACCCCUACGCAUACCCGCAAGGUUACACCUCAUACCCAACCGGUUACCCCGGUUACCAAUACCCUCCCAACGCCCCUUAUUACGGUCCCCCUCCCACCCCCCACACCUCCAGAGCCGGUACCCGGUUCUACCGAAGCUUCAUUUUAUGCUGUUGCACAAUUCUCACGUGCCUUUUUCUCGCAAGCUUCAUCAUAGCUUUGGUUCUACGUCCCGAACUACCCGUUUACAAGGUUGUGUCGUUUUCCGUAACAAACUUUUCCACGUCACCAGCCUUAGCUGGCCAAUGGGACUCUAAAUUGACCAUUGAGAAUCCCAACGACAAACUCGUGGCUUAUUUUUCGGACCUUAAGGUUGACGUGUUGUACAGAGACGCUCUUGUUGAUGUUAAUUACGCGCGUGGUUUUGUGUUGAAUAGGAAUGCCAAGGUUGACGUGGACGUGACGGGUUCGUCAAGCGAAGUUGAUGCACAUAUGUUUGAAAAGUCAACGAUGGAUGAGUUGAUCAAAGAGCGAGGCACGGGUUCUGUUACCUUCGCCUUGAAGGUGUCUUCUAUGAACGUGUUUAGGUCUGGCUCGAUCUCUACGAGGAAUGCUGAGGUAGUGGCAAUUUGUGAGGGGUUGAAGGUUGUGUUUCAGAAUAAUAAUUCAAAUGGAACGUUGGAUAAUGGGGGUAAACCCAUUGAAUGCCAGCUUUAUGUUUGA